GAGCAUGCGCUAGCCGCUCCACGCAUGCUCCUUCGCUUCUGAAUCCUAGAAAAUUCCUGUCUCCGAGGCCUUAGAACCCCAGACUGUUAGGGGUAGUGGUGGUGGUCGUAGCAGCGUGGACAUGGGGACCAGAACUUGGGGAGAAGGAAGAGAGGGAGGCGACCAGGCACGCUGGGCCCUGGCGUUGCUUUGGCUGACGGUGGCCGCUGAUUUGCCCUCAGCUUGGGGUAGCAGCGGUCCCCGGCAGCGGCGGCACUGGCCGGUCCCCUACAGGCGUUUUGAUUUCCGACCUACACCAGAUCCUUAUUGUCAAGCUCAAUAUACUUUCUGCCCAACUGGUUCUCCUAUCCCAGUUAUGAAGGAUGAUGAUGUCCUAGAAGUCUUUCGAUUACAAGCCCCAGUAUGGGAAUUUAAAUAUGGCGAUCUCCUGGGACACUUGAAUAUUAUGCAUGAUGCUAUUGGAUUCAGAAAUACUUUGACAGGCAAGAACUAUACCAUGGAAUGGUAUGAACUUUUCCAACUCGGAAACUGCACAUUUCCCCAUCUCCGACCCGAAAUGAAUGCACCAUUCUGGUGUAAUCAGGGAGCUGCCUGUUUUUUUGAAGGUAUUGAUGAUAUUCACUGGAAAGAAAAUGGGACCUUGGUUCUGAUAGCAACCAUUUCAGGAAAAAUAUUUAACCAAAUGGCAAAUUGGGUGAAACGGGAUAAUGAAACAGGUAUUUAUUAUGAGACGUGGACUGUCCAAGCCAGUCCAGAAAAAGAGUCAACAACAUGGUUUGAAUCUUAUGACUGUUCCAAAUUUGUAUUAAGAACAUAUAACCAGUUGGCUGAACUUGGGGCCACAUUUAAGAAGAUAGAAACCAACUAUACCAGAAUAUUUCUGUACAGUGGAGAACCUACAUAUGUGGGAAAUGAAACCUCAAUUUUUGGACCUGGAGGAAACAAGACUCUUGCUACAGCUAUAAAGAAAUUUUAUUACCCAUUCAGACCUCAUUUGUCAGCUAAAGAAUUUUUCUUAAGUCUUGUGCAAAUUUUUGAUGAAGUGCUUAUCCACAGGCAGUUUUAUUUGUUUUAUAAUUUUGAAUAUUGGUUUUUACCUAUGAAGUUCCCCUUUAUAAAAAUAACAUAUGAAGAAAUUCCUUUACCAAACAAAACACUGGUUUCUAAAACAUUGGGACUUUGAAGAGGAAAAUGUCAGUAUGUCUUCUUGAGUAUUCAGGGAGUGAUUUGAUCCUAUCAUGGACCAUCUAGGCCUAUUCUCCUUUCAUUGGUUUUUAAGGGUUGAGGAGGUGAAACUCAAAUCAGCAAAUCAUUUUUGUCUGUUAACAUGUCUUGGGAGCUGAGUGGGGAGAUGUUAAUGUGGUAUUAUACUGGCAAAAGUUAACCUCUUAAUCUGGAUUUCAAAGCUACAUUAACAUGGAAGAAUCACGAUACAUAGGGCAAAUAUAAGCAGAGUAUGUUUACUCAGUAGGUGCUUAAUAAACACUUAUUGUAUCUAACUACAGUACAAAGGUGACAUCUAUUUUCUUCUGCAUACCACUUAAGAUCUUUAAGUAUUACUCUAUGUUGUAAUAAUUUUAGAGUGCCUUUGGAUCCAGGUGUCCUGAAUGAGUUCUACUUAUGGGAAUUUCAAAGGCUUCUUUUUCCUCUUAAAGAUGUGAAAGUUUUUUUCCUUUUAGUGACAAAGUGCUCGUUUUUCUCUCAACACAGACUUUGAGCUUCAGAAUUUCCCAGGGUUUGUAAUAUCAGAUUUUGAACUGAGUAUAUAGUGCUUCAUAGUUUUGUCCUUAAGCAUUUGAAUACCCAUGGGCACAGUUAAUCCUUACAUAUUUUACUAAUUUUAUUUUUCCCCUCACUAACUAGCAGCGAUAUGUAGGAUAAGUAACAAUGUUUGUGUUUAUAUGUUGUGUUUAACUGUCUUCUGAAGCAUUGUAUUCUUCAGAUAUACAGAGACAGGUCUAUACUUGACAACUUUUCUUGUCACCAAUUUACUGGUGCCAAAAAUUGUAUUUUUCAGUACUUUAUCUUUCUCAUUAAUCAGUUUUACACAUAGCCAGUUUUUGAAAAAGUAUACUUGUUAAAAGGAUGCCUGUAUUGUAAAGGUAUUCCACCGGGGGCAAAUGUAAACUUAUGUGCAUUUUUGGUUUUUUACCAAAUAGCACAUGUAAAGGAAACAAUCCACUCUGGGAACAUGGUGAAACAAAAAGAAGUUAACAUCAUCAAACUUCAUUGAAAAAUCCGAGCAUGUUUAGAUAUACUUGUGAUGUUGCCAAAAUCAGGAUAUUAUAUAUCAUGUCUUACCAUACUUUAUAUGACAUUAUUAGAAGAAAAGUUUUUUUUUAAAUUAACACAAUGAAGCAUCUGUAUAUGUGCAAGUUGACAAUGGAAGGCUUAUCAUUCAUAUAAAUGAAUCUUAAUUUUAUUUCAAAUUAAAUUAUAGUAGGCAAUAAGAAAUAGUGUGAAGGAAGGUCACACUGAAGACUUUUUAAGUAGUAGCCAGAAAAUAAUUUAGAUGUAUGAGUCAUGUGCUCCUUAAUAUUGAGAACUCUAUUGUAUUUAAUAUUCUGCAGGUAUUAUUUGCAAAUCCAUAAUUAGUGAUUGCCCAUUAACUGUGAAAUGCUGUUGUGGAGACUGAAGCCAUCAUUUGUUAAUUUAAAUUUUAACUAUUUUAAAUAUAUAAUCUUAAAGAAAAUUUUUUUUAAAAGAAUGCUGUUUUAUGAAUUCUGUUCUGUAGUGGAGUGUAUUUCCUUAAAGGGCUUUUGCUUAGAACUGGUUCUGGUAAGUUGGUACAGUUAAUUGAAAGAAUACAACCAACACAAAAACAAGAAUGCCAUAAGGACUAUUACAUUUUAUAAACUUAAGAAAUAAUUCUUUUGCUUGCUUCUUCCAAAAGAAAAAAAAAUGCAGCUUUUAAAUGCCCUACUCUGUUGUGCUGCUACAGUUGAAAUCUUAAUCUUCAGGAAAUGGGCCUUUAAGUGAAGGUAGCUGUGGGGUUGUUUGGUUGGUUUAUUAACUUAAGAAAUCUUGCAUUAGUGUAUUUCAGUGACAACAAAUCCUGCAUAAUUGGUAAUGUGUACCAUGUAUUUCAGUGUUCCUGCUAAGUAACAUAACAGUGGGAGAAAAAGAUCUCUACAUAGAUUGAGCACACACAAAGUAGGUAAAACCUGAUUUGACAAGUUCAACCGCUUCUCUUUCUCCCAAGCUGGGACCAAGUGAAUGUCUUUUUCUCUCCCUCCUUAAAAAGAAAAGGAUAAUACUUAUUUACACUUGAUUGAUGUAAUACCUUAGUAUGAGUGCAUUCCACUGAAGGUGAUUAAAAUCAAGCAAUUACUUCAUAAACCUUUUUUCUUACUGUAAAAUUAUGAGCCCUAUUAAUUUAGGUACCAACAAGUGGGGGGGGGGAAUAUAUUUUGCAAAGAAAAAGCCCCUUGUAAUCAGUAUGCCUGUAGUUGUAAAAGGUACACGUACAAUUUUUUGGUGAGAGGAUGGGAGAUAAUAGGGUUGGUCUGCAAUCUGGAUAGACUGUUGUUCCAGUGUGGAAUCCCACACCCAACCCCUCAUAGAAAAGAUCAAAAUCCACUGGAUUAAAACCUAGAUUCCUGUAUCCAAAUCUUGUCCUAUUUAAACCAGUAUGAUAUUUGAUAAGUCAUAAAUUCUAUACGCUUCAAUUUCCUCAUAAAAUAAUGCAGAAGUGUGCUGCCACUGAAAUAAACGGUAUACUACCACUUAGGUUGGAUCUGUUAAGUUACCAAAACAAAACAAAACCCAAAACACACAGCUGCCUUUGUUAUAAAAGAACCUUGGCCAGAAAAUUUAAGAUGUUACGAUAGUAGCAAAAUAAGAUUAUUAGAUAUCUUAAGGCCUUUAAAAGCUGCAAUGAAGAUGAAUAAAAGCAUUCUUAAGUGAGAAAGAUUAAUGGUUUAUUGAUGGAAAUUUUAGGCAUGAUUUCAAUGCUUUAUACAUAAAAAUUCUUGUCACAGGUCAAAUUGAUUGUUCUCUAGUUCCCCUAAAAGCCUCCAAAAAGAAAGUAAAUACAGAUUGAUGGAAUUUUGGGGGAAAUUAUAAUCAUGUAUAAUAUGACUGGAGAGGAAACUAACAAGCUUGAAAUGUUUUAAAAGUAUGUACUUGCAAGAAGGUGAGAAAGGCAAAAUUAAUCUUUAAAAGGUACUUCAUAUUGAUUAUUUCAUUUACAAUUCGUUUUCUUUGCUGAGAGGUUGAAUGCAGUAUUAAUCUUGACCAUUAUUUUCCAUAUCUCUGUGUGUAUCAGUCAUUGCCAAUAAACAAGCUAUUUUCAAAAAUGAGGAGUUAUUCUUGAAAAAAUUUUUGCAUUCAUAUUAAACUGAGCACACAUCCAAUAAAAUUCCUCCAAACCAGAA